AUGUUUGGCAAUGGCAUGAUGGCUCGCAACAUCUUCAUCCUGGGCUACGGGAUAAACGGGGCGUUGGAGGCGUUCAUCUGUUUUUCAGCCGCUGGCGUUGUCUCUAAACUAUUUCUCAAUUCAACCUACUCUUUGAUAUACACAGGGUUCCCUGCUGGUUCCAUUUUUUUGGGAACCACCCAGACUAUACUGAACCGUGUAGUUGGAACCAGUACGAUUUCGCAAAUGAGAAAGAACCUGGUCCUGUGCCACGGAUGUCAAGCUUUAAUAUCAACCAUAGCAGCUAUUUGGGCUACACUCUUGUACAUUAAAUAUGGGCAUCUUGUCAAGGAAGAUGACAAAAAGGAUGAGGGUGAAGAGAACAAGACUGAAGAUGAAAAGAAGUCCGAGAGUGAAAACAAGAAGCUCAGUGUUGGCCAAAAGUUUUCGCAGACUAUUGAAAGCUUUAAAUAUGCAAGGUUCUACUACUCGAGGCUCAUUUUGGUCGUUUGUGCAUAUUUCCUAAGGUAUUUCUUCUUUCCUUGUCUCAUUCCAUUUGUACUGGAUAUUCCGCAUCACACCAAGCUCAUAUGUUCUCUCUCACUCAUUCUUUCAGAGUUCAUAUCAAAGCUAAACACUGUGGGUGUCAACGAGGCUAUAAAUCCAUCAGAGAAGGAGCCUUCCCAGUCUCAUGCCAUGUUCUUGCUAAUGAGGGAUGCCUAUCUACACUUUACGAUAAUUAUCUGCAUUACAUCUUCGUCAUUUGUCUUAUGGUCCUCUUUGACGGGCAGGUAUCACUUUUCAAAGUCACCCAUAUUCAUCUUUUGCUUUAUCAUAACAAUGGGAAUAUCAUAUGGUUACUUGUCAACCAGAUCUAUUAACGGCUGUAAGCCUGUGCUAGACUAUUACACUAAGCAGUUGGAUAAGGAUGGAAAGCCUAUGGUAGAAGAAAAGGUCGCUAACGGCCCCGGAGUCUCAGAUGUUGCCACUCUUACAAUCAAUGUGGCUCUAAUGUUCAUUUCAGCAUUUGCAAAUGUGACAGAAGAGUUUAUAUUAAAGUAUAAAGGUUCUAGAUCCUAUAUCAGCAACAACAAGGGCGAUUUAUCAAUCGAAACUGUAAAUGCUCUACUAAUGCAGUUUAAAUCCUAG